AUGUUACCCAGUGUGUUCAAACCUCCCUUUACAUCGGAACAUUCUCUGCUUCGGGACGAACCGAGCGGAUACGUACUAGGAUUCCCCCGCGUCCCUCGUCACGACAGGGAUCAGAUCAAGGAGCUGCUCAUGUCUGAGCUCUGUUCAGACGAUUUGGAUCGAGUUUCAGAUAAGCUUUGGUGGAUGUCAAAGCAAGAUAGCACAAAUAUAUGGCCACUCCAUCGACAAUUGCUGCAGGGCCGGUCUAUUAUCGUGACAGAGAACCCAAAGCUACAUCUCGUGUGGAUCAACAACCGCAUCUUUAUCAAGCCUCUUCCACGGUUUAUCGGAUCCUUUGACUUCUGGAAAGACCAUCUUUGCAGUAAUAAUACCAGCGAAGAUGUGCGUAUUAGGAGAGCUGCGUUAGGUUAUUUACGCACAUACUACUAUCUCAUCCGGCACGAAUCCGACUUUCGCAUUGCCAAGGAUCCUAACCUUUGUCUUAUACCAGAAAGUAUCACUUGGGUGCAGUUCUGCGAUUUCACCUCUGAUCUAGAUAAGAUUCUCGAUAAGGAUGUUUCACUACGCUAUGCCUAUGGCCAAAUUCGCCUCACUCGUCUGAACUUCUACGCUCCGGUUAUCCUCAACAAGUCUUAUUUCCAGAGAGUCGACUUUCAGUACGGACAGUACUUUGCGCGCUUCUAUGCCCCAGUUUUAUUCGCAUUUGGGAUCACGUCUGUGACUUUGAGUGGAUUGCAGGUCGUGGCCUCACUUGAAACAAGUGGCGGCGCCAACUGGCAAGGGAUGGCGCUUGGGGUCAGCGUCUUGGCGAUCUUGGUCUCUUUUGGAGUUCUAAUCGGGUUUGGGGUUUUACUGUCUUGGAAAAUUGCCAUGGAGUGGAAAUUCGCUAUCAAAGAGCGGCGUCGCCUCAUAAAGACGGAACGAGUCGUGUCUUUACCCGCGACGCAGGCAGCAGCAGCAAUGGCAGCAAGUAGCCACAAAAACUUCAGACUACGGGGUAUUCCUCUCGAAUUCGAGACUAGGAAUGAGGUCUGCAGCCUUAUUCAGAAGACCCUUGCACUGGAGCCCAACGCUAGUCCUACUGUUUAUUCGCUUGCACGGUCUCCUACCGACCCACACAGCAAGAUAGCUACACUCAGCUUUCCUUCUAUCCCAGACUGCUUAUCUGAUCGCUCUAAAGAUGAGUGGAAUUUCAGCCUAUCGGAAGAUAACGACAUCGAUUUCGGCAGUUCUCUUGCUUUCGAUACACACUUUACUGGCUUCACACCCUUUCAUCGCGCAAGCGAUAACGAUUGUCAUAUUGAUGUGAUUGCGGUGUGUGGUCUUGGAGGACAUGCGCUAGGUUCCUUCAAAGAAAAGAAUGGCCGUUUCGUUUGGCUUCGGGACGCUCUUCCUUCUGAUACCCCGAAUGCAAGGAUUCUGACCUACGGUUACAAUAGUCAGCUUGACUCAACCCAACCACGUUCGAUACUUUUCAUUGGGCAUAGCCUGGGUGGGCUUGUCAUCAAAGAGACCGUACGAAUACUGAAAGAAGAGCCGCUCGAGCCCGACUUUUCGAUCUUAAACGCCGUCUCCGGCUUCGCCUUCUUUGGUGUUCCCCACCAAGGUUUGGCAGUUGAGUGUCUUGUCCCUCUGGUAAAGGAUAACCCCAAUCGAGCACUUCUUGAAUCCCUCAACAAGAACUCGUCUCUUCUCGAGCGUCUACAAAUUGAGUUCGAUAAGAUAUCAAAGGCAAGGAGCCUUUCUGUUGUGUCUUUCUACGAGACAGAAAAGUCUCCUACCGGGGCUUGGGUAAAUGGCAAGUGGGAGAUGUCUGGUCCCAGCGAAGUGCUGGUCGAAGUGUUCUCUGCAACAUGCGGUUGUCAGAAGCAGCAUCCCAUCAACCGUAAUCACUCUGAGAUGGUGAAGUACAGUGGUGUACAUGAUCAACUAUACCGACGGGUGAUAGUUGCCCUUCGUCCUAUACUUGGCAUAACACGAGGGCGGCCUGGCACUGGAGGUAUAGGAGGGGGUCCACAAGUUUGUGUUCAACUUUCUGGUGGCGAGCAGGAAUGCCUGAAGUCUCUGUCCUUCCCUGAGCAAGAGCACAGAUACUCUGAGAUUUCUUACGCCAGCGACACUUGCAAUUGGCUUCUAGAAGAUCACAACUAUCAGAAAUGGAUGAAUACAGCUCGUGGACUCUUUUGGGUCAAGGGCUGUCCCGGAACAGGCAAAUCGGUCCUCAUGAAGUUUGCUGUUGAUACGAUGAACCGCAGGAUGUCUGGGGAAAUUAUCGCCUCCUUUUUCAUCCAUGGACGUGGCAUACCAUUACAAAGAACACCUUUGGGUAUAUUUCGAGCCUUACUUAGUUCCCUGCUCAUGUCAUUCCCAAAAUACCUUGCCGAGCUUACAGAAAGCUUUCAAGAUAAACAGCAGCGAUAUGGAUCGUAUGAACAGAAGAAUGGUUGGCAAUGGAAUGAGAAGGAGCUGGAGAAAUUCCUGUCCAGACUCUUGAUCGAGGGGACUAAAGAGAUACCGGUGGUUAUAUUCAUUGACGCACUUGAUGAGUGUGGAGACCAUGCCAAAAGCCUACUGGUAUCUCUCAAGAGUCUCACAGAGAAUGCUGAGCAAAAGGGAUCCUUGGUGAGGAUAUGUUUUUCCUCGAGGCAUUUCCCGAUUCUUGGCCAUGAGACGAUGGCGAGAGUCUACGUGGAAGAGAAGAAUGACCAGGACAUCAGACUUGUUAUUGAAGGCCGACUCAAGGAGCUUCAGCCAGUCGAAAAGCGUCGGCAGAUCGAGAAAGAGAUCAUGUUGAAGGCCCAUGGAGGCUUUCAAUGGGCCAUACUCAUCACGAAUAUGAUACUCGAUGAAGACGUGACUGGCGCCAGAACCGAGGAUCUACUUAAGAUGAUAUCGACUACCCCAACAGACCUUGAUGACCUAUACGAUGUAAUAUUGAGGGGGGCGACUAAGGAUAAGCACAGACAGAUGGCAAAGCUGUUUCAAUGGGUUGUCUAUGCAAUAAGACCUUUGUCGGCACAGGAACUUCGAGAGGCACUUGCUACUGAUAAAGACAUGACCUUUACGACAGUCUCGGAGCUAAGAUCGCAUGGUAAUUGGUCCGACUGUGUGUCUCAGUUCGAGACGCGUGUCCGACAUAUCUCAAGAGGCCUUGUUGAGUUUCAGAACCGGGACGUCUAUGAGCAAUAUGAGCCUGGAGGUGAAGAAUGGAGCCGGGAGGCUCAGUUCAUACAUCAGUCGGCCGCAGAUUUUGUUGCUCAGAAGUUUCUCACCUAUAUUGACGAAGGGUCGUUGUCUAGGUCGCCAGCUGGAGCUGGCCAUUAUGAGAUCUCGAGGUCUUUUCUGAGAUAUUUGACCCUGGAAGAAGUCCUGAACGGUAACAAAUUACCCCGAGAGAAAUUCUCAGCGACCUUCCCGCUGAUGCCAUACGGAGUAACAUUUCUCCUCGACCACAUUUUGGGCGUUGAGGAGGGGGGCAUUCGCCAGACCGAUUUAGUGACACUCAUUCAGUGGAACCAACCAGAACGCAUCAAGAUGCUCGCAAAAGUAUGGAGAAUAAUGGACCCUGAGGGUACUCAUGCACCAAGGGGCUGGCCGUUCUUCGGCGCCACGAUUCUUCACCUCGUGAUAGCGUUUGGUUCUGCUAGCCUUUUGGAUACUUUACUCCACAAGGAUAGCUCAGACUUGGAUGCCCAGGAUCUUGAAGGAAAUACCCCCCUUCAGCUUGCUCUGCGAGAGGACUGCCAAGAGUUGGCCCUUAUGAUACUAGCUCGAUCAAGGAUAUGGCAGAUUGAGGAUGACGACGUUCCUUCACCGGACUGGCCAAGAGGGUUCAGAGUACCAGGCAGAUACCUCAGUCACAUCAAUACUACCAACUUUGAUGGCGAGACACCUUUGGGCCUGGCCCUUUCCAUCAGAGCUGACAAGAUAAUCCGAACCUUGAUCGAUGCAGGUGCCGAGAUCAAACACGAGAAGUCGCUGAUGUUUUAUGCCAUAAGUCAAGAGGAUACGGCACUAGUAUCCCAACUCAUCAAUGAGGGUUCAGACCUUGAAGGAGCUGUGUUUUUUGCAACUCAAUGUUUAAAUCGGACCGAUAAUGAUGAUCACAUUUUACACGAACUUUUGAAGGAUCUACUUAAAGCUGGUGGUAAUACAAGGAGAUUUACUGGUGUCGAGAUCGACAAUUACAAUGAGUUCGAUGGUGACGACGAAGAGGAUGAAGAGGCGAUCUUUGUUGCUUCACGUCGAGGUAUGACGGAGGUGGUCAACCUUUUACUUUCACAUGGCUCUUCGGCAAAGAUGAGAGGCCGAGACUAUGGAGUUCCUAUAUUGGUAGCUACUCAAAACCACCACUCUGAUACCGCCAUGGUCUUGUUUCGGGAUUCACCUCAGACAAUCUUUUCGAAUAACAACCUUGGCUUAACGAGCCUUAAAGUGGCUAUAGAUACUGCUCAGGUUGACCUUACGCUCUCAUUUGUGGAGGAGGGUGGGGGUAUUUUGUCAUUACAAGGGUUGUUCUACCAAGCUGUCGAGAUGAAGGACCUCGGGUUUGUGGAUGCUUUGUUGCAAAGGAACGCAGAUGUCAUACAACUAGCCAAUCAAAGGUGGCAAGGAGAUGACACGCCAUUUUUGGUGGCUGUGCGCGCAAGCAAUGAUAGCAUGGUCGAUCUCCUUCUCCGUACAGGCAAGAUUGAUAUUAGUGUCAGAGACCAAGAUGGCAACACCCCAUUCUUUUUGGCCGUUAGGAAUGGAUACCUGAGUAUUGCCCGACUGCUCCUUGCUACAGGAAUGGUUGGUUGUAAUCAGGAGGACUUCGAUGAAAGACCACUCUGUACGAAGGCUAUUAUAGAUGAGUACCAGGACAUGAGUAAUGCUGUUUUUGGGUUAGGGGGUGGCGUUUGGCAGCCAUGGCACUCUCCUGGAACUCAGAGAUGUUUUUGGUGGACUAUCAAAGGUGGAAGGUCAAAUAUGAUGAAGCUGUUUCUCGAUGAAACCAUGGUUGAUGCCAAUCUGAUGAGUGAUGAAGGACAGACACCACUCUCAUGGGCUAUUAGAUGGGGGAAAGAAGAUGUUGUCAAGGUACUUCUCAGAAGUAUCAGAGUUGAUGUGCAUUCCAGGAACAAGACAGGACGAACAGCUUGUUGGUGGGCUGUAAAAAACGGAAAGGAUCGCAUGAUUCAGCUACUACUCGACUCGAAAUGGUUCAAUAUCCACCGAGAAUGUGAUGAGCUUGGACGCAUGUUGUUCUGGUGGGCCAUUGGAAAAGGCAACGCUGGCGUGAUUAAUAUGCUUCAUGAUUCGGGCAAACAUGGUAUCAACACGAAGGAUCCAUCGGGCAGGACGCCGCUAAUAUACGCCGCCGAGACUUGUGCUGAGGAGGCCAUGAGGGUACUUCUCAGGACAGGAAAGGCUGAUAUACACAUGGUUGAUAACAGGGGUGACACAGCACUUUCGAUAGCUGUGAAGAGGGGUUAUAGGACAAUAGUCGAUCUGCUGUCUACUCAUAUGGAUCAGAGCAGUGGAAUUGCCAUUAGGGUUACAGAGUAUUGA